AUGACAAAAUUAGAGUACACUUCUAUUCCAGAUAUUGUAAAGAUUCAUGACGAACUUGAAAAGUCUUUCAGAGAAGGCUACACGGUCGACAUUAAGAAGCGUGUUGAGACACUCAAGAACUUGGCCUACAUGUUCGAAGAGAACUCUGACAUGAUUCAGGAAGCUCUCGAGGCUGAUUUGGGCAAGCGUAGACAAGAAGCCUACAUGACUGAGAUUUUCAACUGCAUAAACAGCUGUAUCGGCGCUGUGCACAAUGUUCACAAGUGGGCAGCUCCUCAAAGCGUCUCUGCAAAAUUCCCUACCAACAUGCUCGGCCCUCAAGUCAGGAGAGAAAGCAAAGGUGUUGCAUGCGUGAUAUCACCAUGGAACUACCCCUUACUUCUUACAAUCGAACCUGUAAUUGGAGCUAUCGCGAGUGGAUCGCCUGUAAUGAUCAAGACGUCGGAGCUUUCAGAGAACUUUUCAGCUACUCUCACCUACCUCCUUCACAAGUACCUUGAUCCAAAGGUUGUUCGCGUUGUCAACGGUGCCGUCCCUGAAACAACAGCCCUCUUGAAGCAGAGAUUCGGUCAUAUUUUGUACACAGGUAAUGGUACCGUGGGUAGGAUUGUGCAACACGCUGCGGCUGAGCACUUGACUCCAACCACUCUCGAGCUCGGUGGUAAAUCACCAGCAGUGGUGGCAGAUGAUGCGAAUUUGGAUGUCAUUACUCAACGACUGUUAUGGGCCAAGGCAACAAACGCUGGUCAGACGUGUGUAGCGCCAGACUAUGUUCUCUGCACACCUGACAUGCAAGAGAGAUUGGUUGAAGGCUUUAAAAGAGUUUAUAAGCAAUUCUACCCUGAGGGUAUUCGCAACUCAAAAUCUUUCGGACGUAUCAUCAACGACCGCCACUUUGGACGAGUAACAGGUCUCCUUAAGGACACAAAGGGUGACAUUGUUAUCGGUGGUGAUAGUGAUGCUUCAGAUAGGUUCGUGGCCCUUUCAAUUGUCAAAAACGUCAAAGCAGAUGACGCAUUGAUGAAGGAUGAACUAUUCGCACCAAUCCUGCCGAUCGUGACGGUACCAUCAAUGGAUGCAGCUGUGAACUUCAUCAGGAGCCGCGACCACCCACUGGCGCUGUAUGUCUACACGCAAAGUGAUCAGGUUCGCGAGAAAAUCUUCCAAGGCACGCUUUCAGGGUCUGCUGUCCAAAAUGAUGCACUUAUUCAAGUAGGUACAGAGGAACUGCCAUUCGGAGGAGUAGGAGGAGCAGGACACGGUAGUUACCACGGCAAACGCACUUUUGAUGUGUUUACGUAUGAGAGAGCUAUAUUAAGAAGCAAGACAUGGUUGGAGUUCCUUUACACCAAGAGAUACCCACCAUACAGCGAAAAGAAGCUGAAAUACCUGACCAAGGCGCUUCGCAAGCCAAUUGACUUUGCCAAACCGGGUCACGAGUCCAUGUUCGCCGGGAUAGGCAAAUUAGCGAGAACAGGAGUUAAAGCGACGGCAGUAGUGGGAGUAGCAGCAUAUAUAGCCAAGAGAUAUGGAAAAUUAUAG